AUGGCCAAUGGUUCUGGCAAACAAGCUUCCUUUGCGUGGGUCGAAUAUGACCCUCGAGCCUUGGAGGAACGCAGAGCUCUAGGCAUUUACAAGCAGCAGCGGCGUGUGGUGCGGGCGCAUGUCGCCCACACUUCAUCCGGCGCCCGGAAAGCUACCAUCGCAAGGAAAGAAUCCAUCAGCAGAGCCGCAGGACUGAAGAGAGCAAUCAAAGCCCCACCGAAGCCGACCGAAACAUCACCGUUAGCAUCACAAACACAAGAUCAAGCAGACAAGGCAGCCUACGAAUCCAUCUCGCGUCUGNNUUUUUCGAGACUGCGUUCGCAAGAUGCGAACGCCAUUGCCUCCAUGGCGAGGAAGUCUGACCGAGUCUUGCUCUGGAAUGCUUUCACUGGUGGUACGAUAUGUUUCGAAGCAGCGAUGUUUGUCGCGGGGACCUAUGCGAAUACCUGCGGUCUCACAAGGCACGAAUUGCACACUGGCUUCGGCAGCGGGCUGCUGUUUCUUCGCGGAGCUCUUCUCGACGGUAUCCAGAAGACGAUUGUUCACACACCAAAAGAUAGCUUCAACUCCAUCUCUAUUGCUCUCCUAGCUGGCUGGGAACGCAAAUUCGGCGAUCAUCAAUCUUACGAGGUUCACAUGCAGGCAUGGAAGACCUUACCUCUGGCACUCGGAUCACUGGAAGAUACUAGUAUCACUGCACUGGCAGAUGUGGCCAUGACUUGCUUCCAAGAGGCAACCCAAGAGCGGUACAUCGCAGAGACGGCAUUCUCGCUUGGUCGAUCUCUGGCAUACGGGACAGUGUUGCCCGAGGGUCUACCACCAGGCUUUCACGUCAUACCCACUGACCGACCCGAGGCAGUAAGUCUUCUGAGUACAAUCUCCAAGUGCGCGAACUUUGACUACGCUGCACCCAACUCCAUCGCAGAGUUUCGGAAGCUCGUCAUAGAGACCUUGUCAUGGAGUGCGAGUCAUUCCAUCUCCGCGGCACCAGACGAAAUGUACGAGGAACAAUGGGACAAGAUACAGCUCAAUGCCUGCUACCAUAUCCGAUCAGCCAUGAUCUCGGCAAACGCGCCCGUCAUGUGGGCAUGCAUCAGCGCUCACAACGGGACCUGGGCCUUUGAUGUCCAACAAGGCAUCGACAUUCAUGCCGAGGCGUGUAAGCACCUCAAGACUUACAAACUCAUGGGCACAAAGUAUCAAGAUGUAGCAAUCUGGGCCAAGAUGACACUAAACAGCCAUGCCACACCCACCCAGAGCGGAGACGAGCAUAUCAGUGCGUUGAUGAAGGAUUCCGGCGUCAGGACCUGGGAGCAUAUGGAAUCGCUGCUCAAAAGAUUUAUGUACAGAGAAGAGCUGGCUGGCGCGAAGUAUCGGAGGUUGUUCGAUGCACUUGUUUACUAG